AUGAAGCUUUUCAUUCGAAGAGAACCGAGAUCGCUUGCCCUCCUGUCCAAUGACUAUUUACUGGUUUUCGAAAAAUCUAGGGGCCCGCAAGCAGCCCCAGAUGGAAAGAAUACCCAACCAACAGCUGUCGUUGUUUCCCUUCCCAUAGAUGCCUUGAGCGACCAUAACUUCAUAGAGAUAAAAGGGCGACUGUUUAAUGGACUGCUAGGUUUGGUGUGUGUGAACAAUUACCUAUUUGUCGGUCUUGCAACAAAUAUCCAGAAGGUUGCGUAUCCACGAUGGAGAAUUACAAGCGGUCAGGAACGACAAGACAUAGAGUCGAUAUAUCAGAUUCUGAAUGUUGAGUUUUUCUGCCUCAACAGUGACUCUUUUGAUUAUUGUUUAAAUGAUAGCACUGAGCAGCUGGAGAGACCCUCAACUGAACAUCCGUGUGCAGACUUAAUGAGGUUAUUCAGCGAUGGAACCUUUUAUUACUCGCGAGAUUUCGAUCUUUCAAAUACGCUUCAGGAGCGUGGAUUGACAAAUGGGCUAGACUAUGCUAUUGAUAAUCAGGACCAAAACUACAUAUGGAAUAGCAACAUGAUCAAUGAGGUGGUUCAGCUGAGGGGUAGGAUUACAGCCUCGGAGAGAUCCCUGUUCGAUGGUGCCUUAUUCCUUACAUUUGUUAUGAGAGGGUUUUGCAAGACAACUAUGAUAUCGGACAGUUCGACUUCGUUGUCAACUCUCACCAUUAUUUCAAGAAUUUCGACUGAAAACAAAGAGAAUAUAUUCGAUUUGCAAGGUAUUGACAAGGAAGGGCAUGUCUCUAGUUUCAUCGAAACUGAAAUCAUCUUUUCCUCAUCUCAAUAUGUUCUCGCCUACGUUCAAACGCGGGGAAAUGUGCCUCUGAAUCUUGAGGUUACCGAGGGACAGAUUCUUCAUGGAAAGAGAGUGAAGCUGGUCGAAGACCCAGCAUAUUUUCAAGCAUCUUUCGAUAAACACUUCGACAUGCUCGCUUCCAAAUAUGGUGUUAUUAGUGUGCUUAAUCUCACUAAACCCAAAAGUGAAUCUCAGCAGACUCUGAGUAACGCCUAUAGAACAUGUGCCGACAAAAAGAGUGUUCGGAUCAUUAGUGUUGAUUAUGGAUCCGAUCUUUUAACAAAGCAGACACAUAAAUUGAUCUACCUACUGAAGCAAGAUCUGUUUGAAUUCGGAGCUUUUGUUUACGACAACGGAAGAGGGAUUUACGUGGGCAAGCAAACUGGCUGUUUGCGCAUAAGUGCUUUUGAUUCUAUAGAAAGGCCCAAUGCUGUCGAAAACUGCGUCAGCAAAGAGGUAAUAGAAUUGACGAUCGGUGAGCUUUCUGGAGUAGAGCUCUCUAGCGCUUUCGAAAGCACUCACGACAAACUUUGGGCCGACAAUAGUUUUUGGUUGAAUAGACUGUUCAGCGAGAACCUCAAGAAUCUCAACAAAUAUAAGCGGAUUUACUGGAAGCUUUUUAGUUCGAGCUCUCGAGUGAAUCUAUACGAUCCACUCCAUGCCCACAUAACUAAGUUCAUGCGCAAGAUUAAAAAAGAGUAUACUUAUCAAAAGAGUAUCAGUAUAUUUACUGGAACUUUCAACGUCAAUGGUAAAACUCAGGUGGAUGAUAUCAGUGAAUGGCUCUUUCCGAACGGCAUGGCAGAAGAGCAGCUGGCUGAUGUGUAUGUCCUGGGUUUCGAAGAAGUGGUGGAAUUAAGUCCAGGUCAAAUGCUUGCGAUUGAUCCCUAUCCAAAGCAAUUCUGGGAACGCAAAGUUUUAGAGACUCUGAAUGACGCGGGAUCGAAAAGGUAUACUCAUGCUUGGGGAGGUCAGCUCGGAGGUGUCUUAAUGCUACUCUUCAUCAGUGAGGCGGAACACAAAAAAGUAAAGCAUUUAGAGGGUGACGUUAAAAAGACGGGAUUUGGUGGAAUGUCAUCUAAUAAGGGAGGAGUUGCUGUGCGAUUCACUUAUUCCACCACAAAAUUUUGCAUACUAGUCUCACAUCUGGCUGCGGGAUUGGAAAAUGUCGAACAACGACAUCACGAUUUCAAAACUAUUGUUAAAAAUAUCAGAUUUGCGGGUGACAUCUCUAUUAAAGAUCACGACGCAAUUAUUUGGAUGGGGGAUUUCAACUAUAGAAUAUCCCUGCCGAAUGAAGAGGUUCGCAAGUGUGUGCGUGCCGCUGACUUCGGAAAGCUUUUCGAAAAAGAUCAGUUAAAUCAACAAAUGAUUGCUGGAGAAGCUUUUCCGUACUACAAUGAAAUGGAAAUAAGAUUUCCGCCGACGUAUAAAUUUGAUCCCGGCACGAAAACAUACGACACGAGUGAAAAACUGAGAAUUCCAGCUUGGACCGAUCGUAUUCUGAGCCGUGGUGAAUCAUUGAAACAGCUUACGUACGGUUCGGCAGAGAAUAUCAUUUUUUCUGACCAUAGACCAGUUUAUGCCACUUUCACUUCGCUAGUCACUGUGGUGGAUGAGAAUCUGAAGGCCAAGUUGACAUCCGAAAUAUACGAAAGGCUGACUGAGCAGCUCUCGGAUUUGACUGACGAGGAGCGAUACGCCGUUUUGAACAGCAGUGAUCUCAUCAUGGAGAAGUCAGAGAAUGAAGAUCCUGUUGGUCCUGAAAUCAGAAGAGGACGCAAAUUGCCGCCGCCAAGUUCAGCGACAAGAAAGUGGUGGAUCGGUAGCUCGAAGCAGGCAAAAGUUACACUUGACGUAGAUUCAACCAGAUACAAGAUCAACCCACAAAAACCGGCGAAUCCGUUUUUGGAAAACACCGAAGACGCCUUAUUCGUUCCAAGGGAAGUUGGCUAG